UUUGUUCCCUGGGCACAGCAGCACAUCCCGUGAAUGGCUGCACACCGUGCACACGUAAGGCCUGGCUCUCCUUACGUCCUCUGGGAUAUUUUCUGUAUUUCCGUCUGAGGACUUCACUGCUCUGCUUGCCCUGGCUAACUCCUGCCAUGCGAGGUUGUGGGAAGGGAAGGAGAGGAGCCAGGAAACCAGUUCCUCUGUCCGGUAGAGAAGGUAGGAGGGCACAUCCCACCUUCUGAUGAAGACAGUUCCAUCUGCUACAGCCGAGGUAGCUGUAGGGUUGACGGCGAAGGUGUGUGCAGGUGGACAGUUAAGCAAGCCCAGACCAAGUAAGAAAUGCUGAGGAAACGCAGGGUAGAACACAACUGUUUUAAGGGUGGCCCGGUUGAAAAGAAAGUUAAGGAAAAGUUUCAAGAAGGCUGAUCCUGUAGUUUCGUAGUGAUUUUUAGGCUUCUAAGUUUGUGAAGAAAACCAUAUUAUGUUUUUACAGCUCCUUCGGUUGUAAACUAAUUUUAAAAGGUGAAAAAAAGAACACAGAUGUCUUGAGCGUUUGUCUGAGGGGUUAACAAAGUCAGGUGAAAGGUCAGUAAUGGUUGUGGUAUAAACAGAGGUUAACUAAGCAUUGUCACUGGAGCCUGACAACAAAAAGUUUCUUCAGAAAUGACAGUUUUCCUCCCAGAAGAUCUAUUUUGGUACCCAGUGGAGAGAUUCUCAGUUAAAUUUGUGAACGUGAGCCAGCAAUGUGCCCUUGUGGCUAAGAAGGCCAAUGGCAUCCUGGGGUGUAUUAGAAAGGGUGUGGUUAGUAGGUCAAGAGAGGUUCUCCUCCCCCUCUAUUCUGCCUUGGUGAGGCCGCAUCUGGAGUAUUGUGUCCAGUUCUGGGCCCCUCAGUUCAGGAAGGACAGGGAACUGCUGGAAAGAGUCCAGAGCAGAGCCACAAAGAUGAUGGAGUGGAACAUUUCCCUUAUGAGGAAAGGCUGAGGGAGCUGGGUCUCUUUAGCUUGUAGAAAAGGAGACUGAGGGGUGACCUCAUCAUUGUUUACAAAUAUGUAAAGGGUGAGUGUCAGGAAGAUGGAAUUAAGCUUUUUUCAGUGAUGUCUAGUGAUAGGACAAGGGGUAAUGGAUGCAAACUGGAGCAUAGGAGGUUCAAUGUGAAUGUCAGGAAAAACUUCUUUACUGUGAGAGUGACAGAGCACUGGAACAGGCUGCCCAGAGAGGUUGUGGAGUCUCCUUCACUGGAGACAUUCAAAACCCACCUGGACGCCUUCCUGUGUGAUGUGCUCUAGGUGACCCUGCUCUGGCAGGGGGGUUGGACUAGAUGAUCUUUCGAGGUCCCUUCCAACCCCUAGGAUUCUGUGGUUCUGUAAUAUUUUUCAGUGCAGCCUACACAGAUGCAUGCACAUCAGUCUGUUGUAUGUGCCAGUGGUGGGGAUGGGGACACAAGUGGUCAUAAUGUUAUUCCCAGUAUGUUAUUUUAUUGGUGAAGAGUUUGUAUUGCUUUUAGCAAUAUUAGGCACAAACAUAACUCCUAGUAUGUUUGGGUAGAACAGUAAAUAAAGUAUGUGCUUGAAAAUCAGGAUUAACUUUCCCUUUGUUAACUUCAAUGUUUCACUGGAUGGCUAGAACUCCAAAAUUAAUCUGAGAUACUGUUAUUAAUACUUACAUUUGUCAUUUUGGCGCUAUAAGCAGAAGAUCAGAAAAUGUUUUCCUCACAACCAGUUCUGUAUUAGUCAGAUGAUCGAAGGCUAGUUUUGACAGUUCAGAGUUAAUGAGCAUUUUCUAAUGUUGAGGCAAAUAAUAACGGUCAGCCAGAUUGUGAUAUGCUGCAGGCUGUCUUCUACUAGAAGCUUGUUCAAUCUCAGUGGAUUUUGGGGAUACAUAUACGUGUAGUUUAAACAGCUGCUUUCACUAGCAACACCAGACAUUUAGCAUUUUUUCCCAAAAUAAGUGGUUGUCACUGCCACCCACCAGGAGCUGCAUGCAGUUUUGAUCCUUUUCUAGUUGCAGUUACAUUCUCUGAAAAGUUGGUUAUACAAGAUAGCUGGUUAACUGAAAAGCAGUUUCAAGUUUAUUUUCUAUAAGUGAUGACUUUAGUGAUCAGUGAUGACUUACAAGGUGUUUUUUUAAGAUAUGAGAUCAGGAGCCUGUGUUGGUCAGCUGUUGAAGGACUGGCUCCAAGCACAGCUCUUUGUUGUGAGGAAGGCUGUAAACUGCUGUUACUAUUACUGAGGCAUUGUAUUAUUGUACUUGGUGAGCAAUGAUUAAUGUUCAUACUUACCAUAUGUUAAAAAUGUAGACAACUCUCAGGCAGUUAUUAUACCUGUGUUUUGGAUGUUAUUUCCUGUGUAGACAAAAGUAGUAAAGCUGAACCCAGUAAAAUGGGCGAACAACAUGCUUUCUUAAGCAUAUUGAUUCAUAUGGGCGUGUUCUCGCUCUUCCUUGCAGUUUCUUCUCCCUGUCCUGCCGUGCUUGCCUUGACGUUGCACUAAGUGGCAGAUUUUUUUAUCUUUGCUGGCUGAGCACAGUCAGAUGACUCAAAGCUGUCAUGAGGCUGGUAUGCAUGAAGAAGGAUGCAUCAGGAACUGUAGCAUUUGCGUUGUUUUUACUUCUUUGAAAACGCACUCCAAAUUUAUGAUUUUUCAGAGUAGUAAGUAGGAAACUAGGAUUAAAAGGCUAUUAGUUGUGACAACAGUGUUAAAAUUCAGUCUUGUAUAUUAUUUCUUUUUUUUUUUUUUAAUUGAAAUGAGUGCGAUUUUACUUAAUAGGGAUUUGGGAUACCACAAUCACUUUGUUUUGUUUAUAUUUGAGCCCUUCUGUAGCAGUGCAGUGUACCUUGGUAUGCCUCAUUUGUGCAUAAUAGAAAGCAGUUCUUCAAGUCCUAAUACAGAGUCUAGUUUUCUUUUAGAUAGAUUUGUUCUCCCCUCUUCUGUCUGUCCUCCUUUUUAAAAGCUGAGGUCUUGUGUAAUGUGUGGUUUUAUGUAGUUAGUCAACUUAAGAGGAUCUGUCUCUGUUUUCUGCUGAUACUGCCUAAGAGAAUCAUACAAACGAACCAAAUAAUGGGCUUUCCCCUGCAGAGGAGGCUGAUCUCAAAGAUGCAUUUAGCUGAUGAAGGUCUUGACCAAGGCACUACACUUUGAACCUGCAAAAGUUUUAAAAUAGCAAAUCUCUCUCUUCUGCUAUUAGUAAAAUAUUGGACAUAAUACAAAUCUUCAUACAAUUUUUUUCAAUGCCAGCUGUGCCCAGGCACUUCAGUGCCUCCUGUGGAGUGUUCAUAUCAAAUGUUCAGCUUGAGAUGCCUCUGGCAAAUGCAUGUUGCUGUCUUAGAACAGAGAUUUAGAAGGAUCAUUGAGACACCAAAAUGAAAAUCUGCAUAAUCAUAUGUGUUUAGUCACACUGUUAGCACAUCAGAAUUGUAAAUUUGCACUGAUUGGUCUCUCAGUGUAGCUGGAAUGUAAUUAUAUUCUAUUCCCUAGAGAGGCUCUUUUGAAUGAGGAGUUAAUAAGCUAUAGUUUUUUGUUGGCGUGGAAAUGCUGUGAUAGUCCAUUCAUGUUAAGGAGGUGCUUUUUUUGUGUGUGUGUGUGAAUUGGUGUAUACUGUUAGAAUGAUCUAUACCCAUGCCUGGUUAUAUAAUUACCUUUUUUAACCCUACUGCAUAAGGCAGUAGGGUUAAAAUAUGCCCAUAGGAUUGAGUGCUGGAGGUCUUUUACUGAGGUAUGCAGCUACUACUGGGAUUUGGAGCAGGAGUGCAGUAAGAAUUCAGACUAACUACUAGGUGGGACUCCUGUGUCCGGCCUCCCUUUCUGGGAAGCGAUGAGAGAAGUGUCUCUCUGACAAAUAAGUUGGGCAACUUUGACAAAAUGGUUGUUAAGUUUGGGCUUCUUAAACAUAACCAGUAAUCCAGGAAUCAUUCUGAAGGGUUAAAGUUCUCUGUCCACCAAAAAUAAACUUCUAGCCUUCCUGAAUAGAUCCCUGUCUCUUUUGCAUUGCCCCCUUAUCUGCCAGCAUAGUACACCUGUGUUUUUCUCUUCUGGUUCCAGUUCAGUCCCUGGCACUGUAUGUUCUCAGAAAUUCCUGAAUAGAGACUACGACUUGAGUGAGUCUGCAAGCAAGCAUCUCAAAAUGAUAACAUGUUUUUGUGGCAGAGCUUCAUGCAACCUUGGAAUAUUACUUGUGCUCCUUGUGGAUAGCAGAGCUGAGUCCAUUGACAAGAAAAUCGCUAAGCUUGAUGCAGAACUAGUGAAGUAUAAGGAUCAAAUGAAGAAGAUGAGAGAGGGGCCUGCAAAGAAUACAGUAAAGCAGAAAGCAUUGAGAGUGUUGAAGCAGAAGCGAAUGUAUGAACAACAGCGGGAUAAUCUCUCUCAGCAGUCUUUUAAUAUGGAACAAGCUAACUACACCAUUCAGGCACUGAAGGAUACAAAGACAACGGUUGAUGCAAUGAAACUGGGGGUGAAAGAAAUGAAGAAAGCUUACAAGCAAGUCAAAAUUGAUCAAAUUGAGGACAUACAAGAUCAGUUAGAGGAUAUGAUGGAAGAAGCCAAUGAAGUCCAAGAGGCACUGAGUCGUAGCUAUGGGACACCAGAGAUUGAUGAAGAUGACUUGGAAGCAGAACUGGAUGCAUUAGGUGAUGAGCUUCUAGCUGAUGAAGACAAUUCCUACUUAGAUGAAGCAGCAUCUGCUCCAGCAAUCCCAGAGGUCACUCCUACUGACACGAAAAACAAAGAUGGUGUAUUGGUGGAUGAAUUUGGAUUGCCAAAGAUCCCUGCAACAUAAAUGUUUCAAAAGCACAAUGGAUUUAAUGAACUAUACUUCGCAAAUCAAAUUAAGUUUUGUUUUGUUUUUUAAAUUCUGGAGAACUCGUCCUUCCAGUGUAACCUUAAUAGCACUACAUCUUAGAAUGCAAUACGAAUGCUGGUGGUGUUCUUUAUUUGAAGAAAGUCGUUCUACUACUGACUUUUCUAUUAAUGGAAAAUUCAGCACAAUUCCCUUCAGUGGAAGCAGUCAGUCUAAAGGUUUUGAUUUGUGUGUCUUACGGACAACGUAACACGUGAAGAGUAGUGGUGGCUGUUGAUACCUGAAGUUUUGACUUUGUAUCGUGUUUCUCUUUCUUGAAACUAAGACUGUGCGUUGCUGCUUACUCUCUGUAAAAUAGCUCCCUUAUUACUAUGCUUAUUUGAUAAAAGAAUUGAAAGCAAUUUUUAAACUACUGCAGUCCUGAGACUUUUCACGCUAUUGUACUUGUAACCUCGUUGGAAGCUGUAAUAAAUAGGUUUAUCAUUCACUUUAUGUAUUCUGUGAAGACAUAAAAUCAUAUAGAUUAGCUGA